GAGAGUGGGAGGGUGAUAAAACCGGGAUGGAGGAAAAAAGAGAGAGAAAGCGAAAAAGGAGGAGUCUGUGAGAAGCUGGAAGUGGCCGAGCUGUCCUUCCUCAGGACUGCGCCCAUUACUCCUGGGGACAGACAGCCGGUAUGAUGUGGGGGCAGGAAUCCCGUGGGCCGCCUGCCAGCUGCUAGUUCUCCGCCGCCGUAUCUAACACUGUGGAGCCUCCGCCGCCCACCGCUUUCCGCCUCUCUUCUGAGCUCUGGGUGGCAAUGGCUCCUCGGUGCUGAGGCUCUGUUCAUCAUGUCAGGUUCGAGUACUCCCAAGUCCUUGCCGUCGUCUGGCCAGAAGUCGCUGCAUGACAUCAAGCACCCUCUGAGCUGCUCCCCUGGGGCUGAAGACGAUGGAUUUGUGAUUGGUGACACCCCUAGCCCCGACCUAAUCCACACUGAGCCCAGCAGCAUAGGUGACAAGGACCUUAGUUUGCCAAAUGGUACUCCUGCGGACACCUCAAGCCCAGCUUCUUCAUCCUCCCUUCUUAACAGGCUGCAGCUAGAUGAUGACAUGGACGGCGAGACAAGGGACCUAUUUGUUACAGUUGAUGACCCAAAGAAACACGUGUGCACUAUGGAAACCUAUAUAACCUACCGGGUUAUGACCAAGACCACAAGAUCAGAAUUUGACCUCCCUGAGUAUUCCAUACGAAGAAGGUACCAGGAUUUUGAUUGGUUACGGAAUAAACUUGAAGAAACCCAGCCCACUCACUUCAUUCCCCCUCUUCCAGAGAAAUUUGUUGUUAAAGGUGUUGUAGAUCGUUUUUCAGAAGAGUUUGUGGAAACCAGGAGAAGGGCUUUGGACAAGUUCCUCAAAAGGAUUGCAGACCAUCCAGUACUCUCCUUCAAUGAACACUUCAAUGUUUUUCUUACUUCUAAGGAUCUGAACAGCCACAAAAAGCAGGGUGCCACUUUGCUUUCCAAGAUGGGGGAGUCUGUACGAUAUGUGACAAGUGGUUACAAACUGAAAAAUCGACCUAUGGAAUUUUCAGCAAUUACAGAGUAUUUGGACACAUUUGCACUAAAACUUGGAACCAUUGACAGGAUAGCACAACGCAUUAUCAAGGAGGAAGUAGGUCCUAUUUCAGAAUAUCUGGUGGAGCUUCGAGAGUAUGGCCCAGUGUAUUCUACUUGGAGUGGCCUAGAAGGGGAGCUGCGUGAACCCCUGGAGGGAGUGUCUGCUUGCAUUGGAAACUGCAGUACAGCAUUGGAGGAGCUUACUGAAGAUAUGACAGAAGAUUUCCUGCCAGUACUGAGAGAGUAUACCCUCUACUCUGAAUCUAUGAAGAAUGUACUGAAGAAAAGGGAUCAAGUACAAGCGGAGUAUGAAGCCAAGCUGGAAGCUACAGCCUUGAAAAGAGAAGAGAGAACAGGAGUGCCAACAGAGGUAGAGAAGUGCCAGGACAAGGUGGAAUGCUUUAAUGCAGAUUUGAAGGCCGACAUGGAGAGGUGGCAAAAUAACAAGAGACAAGAUUUUCGCCAGCUGCUCAUGGGAAUGGCUGACAAGAAUGUCCAGUACUACGAGAAGUGCCUUACAGCAUGGGAGUCUAUUAUACCUCUGCUGCAAGACAAACCAGAGCCCAAGUGAAGAAGCUGGAAGAAACUGGGGACCGUCUUGCACUAAGCUUGAGUCUACUAAAUCUCACACUGUACAAAUCUGUGAUGUGGGACUAAUUAAGCUAAAGACGUUUUACUUAAAUUUAUGUUACAGUGCGAAAACAACAACUUUUUCUCAUUUUCAUUUCCUCCCCUAUUUCUAUGAUUAUAAUGUGUAUAGAGCUCUCUCAUGGAAUAUUUCAACAGCAGCUGGUUUAACUAGGCUGAGAAGAGGCUUGAACCCAUCUUCUGAAUCGAGGGUCAACCACUUUAAUCUGAAGGAGCUUUUCAAUUUCCUUAACACUAAGUGAAAACUAAAUCAACAGUUGAGAACGUGCUGAGUGCAAUUAAAAUGUCACCAUAAAGCUGGAUUCACACACGUUUUUGCAAAAUCACUGCGACCAGAUGUUACUUUGAAAUCUAUAGCAAAUUAUCAGAAUGUCUACAUGCACACUGUUUUGUGGCAUGCUCUGUGUAUAAUUUUAUUUUUUUGUUUUUGAUGUGUGUCCCAUAGGCUUCUCUAUAGGAUGUCAGAAAAAUGUUAGCCACAAAAAAACAAGCUUAUAAACACCGAAAACAUGUGUGUGUGAAGGAGGCCGAACACAGCUUACCGUAAUUUUUUAACCUACCUUUAAAGAGAGCCGUUUGUACUGAAAAUUUGUGUAUAGUCCUUCUCCUUCCUGUUCGCAUGAGCUGUAAUGGUGGCAUGAAGUAGUUCCUCUUCAAUGGUAUUUUUUUACUUCCCCCAGAGAUCGAUGUCGUAAAAACCGCUAAAUGUUGUAUCUCUGCCCAUCUCAGCCAGGUUAUUGAGGGAAAAUUAAGUUUACAUUGGGGCCUUAAUUAAAGUGCAUCAAAGGGAACAACUGAUUGAGACUUUUUGUUAAUGUUUUUGAAGUCUGUGCAGAAGCAGAAAUGAAAUAUGUUUAUGACUUUUUUAAAUAAUAAAAUAUAUUUGAAAGCUU